GUGAAGAUAAUAAUAGAACCGAAAGAUCAAAGACAGAUUUACAUCAUGCUAUUUUAUGUAUUCAAGAAAGAGGAAAUUCUACAGUAAUUUUAAAAUAUUUAAUAGAUUAUUAUACCGAUAAUGCUAAAGAAUAUAAUAAUUAUGGUUGGAUGCUUACUGUAACCAAAGCAAUACCUUUAUUAUAUGAUAAUGAUUUAAGUGAAUUUGUUCAAUAUUUAUUCAAGAAAUCAUGUUUUGGAAUUACUGAAGCUUACACUCCACCAUUACAUAUAGAGUGUUAUGAUAAAAAGAGAGGAGAUCACGCAGCGGUGAUACAUUCUUUGGUAGUAAAACCGUGUCUUGCAUUAAAGUUAAAUUAUACUCUAUGGUUUUUCGUAAAAAACCCAUUUACAAGUGUUAAAAGAUUGUAUUAUUGGUUUCAAACAUUACGUGAUCGUAAAGUUUAUAUGGUCCCAUUACCUGAUUUUACAGCAUAUCCCAAUUCCAAAGAUCUCAACUCCAACAGUCGUGAAGAUCAUAAUGGAAAUAAUAAAUAUUUUUGGAUGCUAGUUUCUCUUUUUCGAAUACUUUUAUGGCCACGUAAAAAAGUUAUUAAUAAUCCUAAAGAAAUGAGUCCUUUUCAUCGCGUUAUUUAUGAAGAGAAAGGUGAUGAAAUUUAUCGGACGCCUACAAUUAUGGCAGUCUUGGAUUUUAAAUGGGCAGCUGCCCCAAAUUAUAUAGCAGCUAUUUUAUAUGAUGAUCAAUUACUCAUUUUGCAAAAAUCAGCAUAUAAUACUUUUUUAGCGUUUACAACUUUGGUUUUGUGGCUUGAAUUGGAUGAUUCAAGAUUAUCAUAUCCUACUUAUAAAAUUAACGACACUUCGAAUUCAGACUUAUACUCGAAUUUAACAAUUUAUCAGGAUAUCGAUAAAUCUUCCUGGCUUGAUAAUUACUAUUCAAAUCCAUAUUUAUCAAUAGUAGCUGUAUUCUUUUGGACUAAUGGACGAUGGGAUCAACUAGACCAAUGGGAUAGUUAUGUUGUAUAUUUAAUGAGUAUACUAGGAAUGUUGAAUUUGAUAAAGCAAGUGAAGAAGGUCGUACAUACAGUAGCUUAUAAACAUCGAGCUGAACUUGUUGCUGAUUAUGAAGCUUUAGAAAAACCCUUUGGUAGUAAAAGAGGUAAUCCUCAAUAUAUUUAUUAUAUACCUAAUCCUGAUAUGAUUAAUACCUGGCUUACGGAAACUGAAAAGGAUGAAGAACAAAAAGCACGCCUUAUGGAUUCUAUUGAAUCUAGUACAACUAAAAAUGAUGAUACAAUUAAUAAUAAAAUUGAUAAAAUUUCAUUCAUUGAUGAAGAAAUUUUUCCCUUAAGAGCUAUUUCGAAUAAGAAAUUACAGAAAAAUUCUAAAUCAGAUGAUAAAUUAUUAAAGAAUGUCAUUUAUAAUGAAUCAAAUAAUGGACCUUUAUACAAAGAUCCGGAUCAUUCUGCAAACUUUGAUGAUCAAUUAUCAUUGCAAGAAAGAUUUAAUAAGCUGGAAAAUGAAUUCAAGACAAGAUUUGAUAACCAGGAGAUAAAAUUUAAUAAUAUAGAACAGAACUUAAAAACUAUAUUGGAAACUUUAAAUAACCUAAAUAAUCCAAAUAGGGUAAAUGUAUAA